GGGGCCGCCGCCGAGCCACGGCGGGGGCGGGGUGGUCCCGGUGCUCUCUCUCUGCCAGCCGCCACUACUUCCGGCUCGGCGCCGUGACGCAAAGGCGCGCUGACGCUUUGGGGUCGCGCUCGACGUGACCCCGCACCCGGAAGCGAGGCGCGGCGGUCGGUGCCGCUCCCGUCAUGUGAAGCGGCGGGAACGGGGCUCCCCCAGGUGCGCGGGCGAUACCGGCGGGAGGCACCGGGAGGGACCCAAGCCCAUGUCCCGUCCGUUCCACCCGCCCCCUCCCCGAGGGAGCCCGGUACCGGGCUGCGAUGGAGCCCACGGCCUCGCAGGUUUUUUGCGGGCGGGUGCUUGGCAUGGUCAACACCGAGGACGUCAACGCCAUCAUCCUGGCUCAAAAAAACAUGCUGGAUCGGUUUGAGAAAACAAAUGAGAUGCUCCUCAACUUCAACAACCUCUCCAGCAUCCGCAUGCAGCAGAUGAACGAGCGUUUCCUCCACCACACCAAGACGCUGGUGGAAAUGAAGAAAGAUCUGGACAGCAUCUUCCGGAGGAUCCGGACACUGAAAGGGAAGCUGGCGAAGCAGUACCCAGAGGCUUUCAGCAACAUCCAUGAAUCUCCCAUCCUAGAAGAUGAUGACGACUUCGACCCCGUCCCAAAAAGCACGACGACCACCAUCGCUACCUCUGAGCAGAGCACGGAGUCCUGCGACACCAGCCCUGACAUCAUCUCUCCCACCAUGAGUCAGGAUUUUGAGGAUUUAUCCCAAGGCCAGUACGAUUUACCGGCCGUGAACGGACAGACUCUCACAGAUGAAGACACAACCAAUGACCUGGACUAGGUGUGCCGGUCCUGCGCUGCUGCUGCCUGCCCCUGGAAAACUUUCUAUCCUGUAUUUAUAUUUGUGUGGUUUGGGUUUUGUUUUUUUUUUUCUUUUUUGGGGGGGGGGAAGAGGGAAGCGAAGGCUGAGGGAAGCGAUAGCAGAAUGAAGAAGGCCGCCCUUCUGCCUCUAAACUGCCACCGUAGUGUAAACCCCGCGCCUCGCUUCGGGGUAAAUCAGUAAAACGUUGGGUUUGAAA